AUGGUCCUUACUUUGGCGACAAAAGAGAUGGAGCUCACCAACAUCCCGUCUGAUACCGCGAACGUAGACCUUAGUAGUAACAGUACCCCCUCGAACUGGCUACGAGAAAACUACUAUGGAUCUCUGUUGGACCAAGCCGCGGUGUUGUUGCGACCUGGACCGAAGAAAGAUGUGCUGGGUCACUUUACGCUCCUUGUACUAGAGAGUCAGCCUGUCAUCACAUCUCUCUUUAUCUUUACGUUUCUCAUCCAGCCGUGGGCACCAGAGGAUCAACGACCACACCCCCAUCAUCCCACCCCGCGACAUCAUCCCCAUCAUGGUCCAUCUGCACAACGACUACUGGCGAGGGGGGCCCUCUUCUCGGCUCUCGCGGCCGUCUGCACAGGCGUAGAAGCCGACGCCUGGCUCAUCGAUGACGAGCUGUUUGUAGGCCAUGACCGCGCAUCACUGACUCCCUAUCGCACGUUCCGUAACCUCUACAUCAAUCCGCUUGUUGAGAUCCUCCGCCGCCAGAACCCUUAUAACGUGUACAACAAGUCCGACCCCCUUGCCCGAGCGCGCGGUGUCUUCGGCACCAGCCCCAACACCACGCUCGUCCUCCUCGUGGAUGUGAAGACCGACGCCUCAACCACCUGGCCCAACAGCUCCAAGCCGUGUUACCACAGCAAGCAGAACAUCUUGCCGCAGCCGACCACAGUCGUCGGAACCGAAAAAAUCGACAGAGAAACCUGCCACGCGAACCGGAACUGGGAGGCCAGCGAUGCCUUCAUGGAUGCGCGAGUUGGCGUCCUAUCGACGACGAAUAAGUUCCGCUGGCACCCUGGUGGCUCGAGCGCAGAGACGUUGUAUUAUCUGAAGAGCUCGUACUAUGCGAGCGCGAGCUUCAAGGACGCGGUAGGCGACGUCACGCUCGGCUUCAGCGAACGGCAGCUUGCAAUUGUAAGGGAGCAGAUUCGGAUCGCGGAGUUGAGUAAUUUGCAGACGGGGUACUGGGAUUGUCCGUCAUGGCCAAUUGGACUGGUCUUCCGCAAGAUGGCCAUUACUUUGAACCGGCAGUUUGGCAUCUAUAGUGUGUGCCUCUAA